AUGUAUCCAGCUCUAACAAAACGUCAUCUCCUCCGGCCCUCGGCGGUCCGAAUUGCCCAAUUAUCACGGGCGUCCGUCCACCACAAGGUCCACGCAGAUCCGAAAGCCGAAGAGCAAUUCUUCGUCAACACUACCUUCCCCGAUGACUUUGAGAAUUCGUCGUUGCUGAAGCAAGAAUUAGAGCAGAGGAAGGCUGAAGCUGAGGCUACUACUGGACCCUGGGAUAAGGCUACUAUUGAAGCUCAUAAGAGGGAUAUUUUCGAAAGUCUGUAUGGCUAUGAAGCGAAGGGUGGCAAAGGUGCUACUAGUACCUCGAAGAAGGCUCAGGCUGAGCCGGAGAGGGCUCCUGAUUUGGAUGAAAUGUGA